AUCUCAUUUUAUUUUUUAUGUUACCGGUGUGAAAAACUGCCAGUGAUUAAUUAAGCAAAUUUAUUGUUAUAAAUUAAAUAAAAAAAAAAAAAAAUGAUUAAAUUGAGAAUAAAUAUUUUAGAAAAAAUAAUAAAGUGUAAUAACAGUAAUAGCAUUAAAGUCAGUGGUGCCAAGGCCGUGGAAAACAGUUUUCCCAGCGGUCAUACAUAUCGAUCUCAGUAUUAAUAAUCUAAUCGAGGAAACAGAACCGUACAGACAUUUACCAUUAGUUUAUUAUUAUUUUUUUUAUUCUGUUUAAAUAUCAUUGAUCGAUGUCGAUUAAUACCCGCGACGAGGACGAGGGCUUGGAUGACGAGAACGAUGUAGUGAGUAGGGAGGACAACGUCCGACAAAUGCAGCUUGUCGUGGCAAGUAAAGCUCUCCUACCAUUUCCGCCUCCACUCAGUGAUCUUGCUGGGUGCAGUCCGAGCUACCUCACAUGCAACUCGUCAACUACUUUUACGUUUCCGGAGGUUGCCAAUCCGAUGGCUGACAACGUCAUCCUCCAAGACGAAACUCUGGACACUCAUAGUCGCAGACCAAGUCGUAACAACUCAUUGGCAGCUCAAAUUGGUGAACCGAGUCCGUCGAAAUCACAGCUCAGUGAUCUUGUUCGUUCGAUUGGUACUCCGGACGUAUCUCUCACCUCAACGCCGCAAAACUCACCGGUAUUUCGAAGACACUCGUCAAUAAGUGAAAGUAUUCUUAAGCAUUUGAAAAAUAUAACGAUGCCGGAAGCUGACACAACAGUUAUAACAGACGAUGGUGAUGGAGAAAAGUGUUCUUUCAGAGGAAGAAAUAUUUUUUACAAGCCCGAGAAAAAUGAAGAUCACAGAAUAAAUGUUGAUAUAAAAGUUACCAGUCCGAGAAGUAAAAGAGCCUCUGCAGCUGCUGUCUAUCCGAUGUCUUCUGACCUCACUGUUCGUGAUGCUUUUGGACCAAAAUUAACACCAGCAAUGUCCGAAGUAAACUCAUUAGCCGUUACACCGACUCUCGAAGAUGGUCCAUUUGAUGACGAGCAAGCAGCAAAACAUUCAAAUUUACAAAACGGCGCCGCUGGAGGAUCCAAUGACAAUGAACCCGAUCCAGAAACUCUUUUUUUCCGGGAUGGCCGAAGGCGUAUUGAUAUGGUAUUGGUAUAUCAGGAAGAAACUGAGGGUGUAAUCACAGAAAUAGAAGCGAGGAAACGAGAACAACGUCGAGUUUUUCAGGAAAAUUUAUUAAAAGAAGGUUUACAAAUGGAAUUAGAACCUAAAGAAAAUUCAUUUGAUGGAAAAACAUUUUUUCUUAAACUUCAUAUUCCGUGGAAAAUUAAAAUUCAAUAUGCUGAGGUCAUGAAUCUAAAACUUAUCACAAAAAGAUUAAUUACUAUUUCAGUAAAAGCAUGGGGUGACGAUGGUAAAAAAAGUAAAAAAAAGUUUUGGGAAAAAAUGGGAAAUUGUUUGAAUUUAUUUAAAAGAAUUCACUCAUGGGAUACUAAACUUUAUCCAGAGGAGCCAAGUUUUUAUACUGGUCAAGAUUCGGAUUCACGUGAAGAAAGAUUUCUAGUGAAAGAUCGAGAAUCAUCAUAUACACCAGCGCAAAGAUCUUUAAUAGUAAUGCAAAUAUUGUCUCGGACGAGAUACGAUGACGUACACGAAAAAGCCGGUAUAAAAAGGAUAAUUGCUGAUGGAACUUAUUUGGAUUGUUUUUGUCUUCACGAAGGACCUUACGAUAGUCCUGGACCUGACGGUGUACCUCUUGAUCGUCAUCUUCUGUAUCUUAUUUGGGCCAGACCCUCCCAAUGGUAUAAGAAGCAACCUUUGUGGCUUAUUCGACGAUAUUUUGGCGAAAAAGUCGCACUAUACUUCGCCUGGCUGGGUUUUUAUACACGUGCUCUAUAUUUACCAGCAAUUGUCGGAUUACUUUGUUUUAUUUAUGGACUUCUAAGUAUGCAGGGACCUGAUAAUGUACCUAGCAACGAAAUAUGUGAUCCUAAUAUAGCUGGAAAUAUAACAUUAUGUCCGUUAUGUGAUAGAGCUUGUGCCUAUCGAAGAUUAGGCGACUCUUGUAAAUUCUCUAAACUUACGUAUCUAUUCGAUAAUCCUUCUACUGUUUUCUUCGCUAUAUUUAUGUCAUUUUGGGCAACGAGUUUUCUCGAGCUUUGGAAACGUCGGCAGGCAGUUAUUGUUUGGGAAUGGGAUUUGCAAAAUGCCGAUGGUGAUGAAGAUCCAAGGCCUGAAUUUGAAACAACCGUUAAAACGUUCAGAAUAAAUCCAGUUACCCGAGAACGUGAACCUUAUAUGCCUCUUUUAUCUCGAGUCUGGAAAAAUAUGGUUACUGGAUCGCUUGUAUUUUUUAUGAUUUGCGUGGUUCUCGGUGCUGUUCUUGGUACAAUAAUUUAUCGAGUGUCAUUAGUUGCGGUAUUUUAUGGCGGGGGUGAUUCAUUUAUCAGUAAACAUGCUAAAAUUUUUUCAUCAACAACUGCUGCAGUUCUUAACUUGAUAAUGAUUAUGCUUUUAACCCGAGUUUAUCAACGUUUAGCUAAAUGGAUGGUUAAUAUGGAAAAUCCAAGAACCCAAACCGAGUAUGAGGACAGUUUUACUUUCAAAAUAUUUAUAUUUGAAUUUGUUAACUUUUAUUCAUCACUUAUCUACAUUGCUUUCUUCAAGGGAAGAUUUUACGUCCAUCCAGGCGAUGCAGAUGCACGUUCUUCGGCAUUUUUCCGUAUUAAAACGGAUGUUUGUGAUCCGGCUGGCUGUCUUUCUGAGUUGUGUAUUCAAUUAGCAAUAAUAAUGAUUGGAAAACAAUUGUUUAACAAUUUUAUGGAAAUAUUAUCACCUAAAUUGGUUAAUUGGUGGCGUAAACGAACUCACGUUGCUAGAACGAAGGAUCACGAAAGGCCAUAUACAUCUUGGGAACAAGAUUAUCAGCUUCAGGAUCCUGGAAAAUUGGCACUAUUCGACGAAUAUCUUGAAAUGAUUAUUCAGUAUGGCUUUGUAACACUAUUUGUUGCGGCUUUUCCAUUGGCACCAUUAUUCGCCUUACUAAAUAAUAUCGGAGAAAUAAGAUUAGAUGCUUAUAAAAUGGUCAAAGAAGCUCGAAGACCUCUUGCUGAAAGGGUCGAAGAUAUCGGUGCUUGGUAUGGAAUUCUCAAAGGUUUAACAUACGCGGCAGUUGUUUCAAAUGCUUUCGUUAUUGCUUACACAUCAGAUUUUAUUCCAAGAAGUGUUUAUGCAUUUGUUUACUCACCAACAAAUGAUCUUGUUGGUUACAUUGACAGUUCAUUAUCGGAAUUUAAUACCUCAGACUUUCGUGAAGAUAUGAUAAAUCCUUCAAUAAAAUCACCGCCUCUUAAAUGCCAAUACCGAGGAUACAGAAAUGGUCCAGAUCAUAAGACAGAUCCAUAUGGUCUUAGUCCACAAUAUUGGCAUGUAUUUGCCGCACGACUUGCAUUUGUUGUUGUCUUCGAGCAUUUUGUGUUUUCAUUGACGGGUGUUAUGAGCUAUAUUAUACCAGAGACACCAAGUGCUGUAACGACACAAUUGUCUCGUGAAAGAUUGUUAGCUCAAGAAGCUAAGUACGAAAAAGGGGUGAAGGGUAAGGAAGAUGAAGAUGAUUUACUAAAUGUACUGAGAGAUGCUGGUGCUGUUGGCCGACAUGGCGUUAAAUACGGUCCUUGGACACGAAGAUUUAGUAAACUCAGUGAUAAUUUUGAUGCACAUAUAGAUGUAACAAAUAAUAAUAUUAAUAACAAUAAUAAUAAUAACAAUAACAGUGAUGAUAAUGAGCAUCAGAGAAGGAGUGAUGCUUCAAGUGCUUGGGAAAGGACAUAAUCAAAUUUUUGUUGAAUAUUCUCUAUCUCUUUCUAUCUCUAUCUCUCUUUCUCUGAGCUGCCAAAGUUGUUAUUAUUGUUACUUUAGAUUAUUUAUAUAUUUAAAGACUGUUAAAUGAAAAAGACAAUACACUGUAAAAAAUCCGGGGGUGGAUAUGGAUUUUAUUUAAAUCUGAGUUCACUCCGUCACUCAGAGUUACGGAGUUUUUAAAAUAGUCACUUCGCUUACGGAGUAAAUAGAGAGUUUGUCUUUUCAGCGGAAUGAUCUGAAGUUUAUUAUUUCAAUCUGCAUUCACUCUGAUUCGGAGUUUCAAAAUUAAAUUAAACUUCCCUUCGAAGUGAAUGUCACUCCGAGGGGAAAGUUGGAAACUCAAAACGUGCACAUUAAUAAUAACGAGCAACCUGCAGUCACUACGUGACUGCCCAAAUAUCACUACUAAAUUUAUAAAAUACGCAAAAAAAAUGAUUUUUUGCCGCAAAAAAAUUUAAUUUGCACCAAGAAAUUUUAUGCAUUAUCAAUUAAAUAUAAAAAUUGUCUUGGGGCGAGAAAAGAUUUUUUUUGUCAAGAAAUAAUUCCUUGCACCAAGUAAUUUUUUCUAGUUCUAAAUAAAUUUUUGUUUUCAAUUCACAAUGCAAAAAAUUUAUUGGGGUAAGUUAAAAUUUUCUUUAGGCGAGUAAAGAUUUUUUGUGUCAAUGAAUCCUUUUUUUUUCUAUGUUCACUUUUUUGGCUUUGAGAAGCUUCCUAAAACCAAAAGGGAGUAUAAAAAUCUGUCAUUUUGGAAUAAGUAACGCUAUAUAAAUAAUAUAGCUAUAUAUCCAGUGACAUUCAGUCAUAUUUAGUGACAGAAUAAUUAAAAUAUUAAUGUAUUUAAAAAGAAUAAAUACGAUUGUCUUUUUUCUUGCGUAAUUUAAAUGUAAUUCGAAUGAUAUAGAUAAAUAUUUAUCUCAAUACUUGGCAAUUAAAAAGAGUUUAAACUAUGAUUAAGUCAAGACCUAUCUAAUGAUACCAAUUUCAAUAACAUUAACUAAUUUCAUCAUAUAGAUAUGGCGGGAACAAAAUUUUCCUUAUUCUCUUGAUAAUAUUGAUGAGGAAAAAAAAUGGCAGAUAAAUUUUUUCAUGAAUUGCCAGUUUCGUUUUUAUUAAUUAUAAUGAAACCAAAAGAAUUUGGAUAGUGAUUUUCAAAAGGGUUAUUCUCCAUAAGAAUUCAAGUGUAAUAAAAAAUAAAAUAGAUCAAUCGGUUGUGUAUUUUGUAACCCAUACGAAAAAAAUAUAUAUCCGGAUAUAUCCGGGCCAAUCUGCAUAUAUGAGACAUAUAUUUUUAUAAAAGUCGUUUAUAUGCAGAUUGGCCCGGACAUAUAUUUUUUUCGUAUAGGAAGUUAUUGUGCUUACCAACAUCCGUACAUACUGACGGAUAUCACAGGUUUUUUUACAUUUUGUUUUUUUCAAUAAUUAUUUUUUUAAAAAGUGACUCAAAAUUGUGAUAUUUCAUUCAUUAAUAAAUCUUUUAAAUGAUACGAAUUUUCUUCUAGUAUAAAAUAUUUGAAUAAGUGUGAAUAUGAUUUUUACGUGAGUAAAUCAGCUGGACCGAGUAAGCGGUAGCAGAACAUCUCAUUGCUUCGCAAUUGAGAUGUGCAAAAUAGUCAUGCACUACGCAUUCACUCUGGACUUAAUUCGCGUUCACUCCGCAAAUUUUUUACAGUGUAUUAUACUAGUCAUAAUAAGAAUAUGUAUAUUAGAGUGAUUCGAAACACCAACCUAUGGAAGUUAUGGCUUAAAAAUGAUUUUAUUAUUUUUUUAGUAAAAUUCUGUCUUCGAAAAAUGUUGAUAAAAGAGUUAAAAUUUUAACUACUUUGUGGAUUUAGUAUAAAAUUGCACCUUUUUGUAUAAAAAUGUAUUUCAGAUUUUCACGACCUGUGAGUACAAAAAUUAUUAGGCAUAAAAAUACCACUCAAAAAAAUUUUUCUCAGAGAAUUGACUGUCCUAAAAAAACAUGAUAAAAUAGAAUUUUUAUCUCAAGUGGUUCAAAAUUUUUACGCGUGUCAUUUAAAUGGGAAAAUUCAAAUGGCCACUGACCUUUUAAAAUUGAGCUAAGAAAUUUUCCUCCCAGAAGAAUUUUUUUCUCGCCAAAUAGGUCAUUUUUAAGCCAUAUAGAAUCACCCUAAUAUAUAUCACGUCACUAAUUCCAAAAGAACUUAUAUGUUUAUAUGCCCUCCUUUUGACUUUAGUCACUAAAUUUAAAGCCAAAAGGACGUAUAAAAAUAUGUCUUUUUGGAAUUAGUGAAGCGAUAUAUUGUAUAGUAGGGAAGUUGCUUCCUAAAUAUUUGUAUUUUUGUUAACACGUCAUAUGUAAAAAUUGUAAAUUUUAUUAUCUGUUAAGCGAAAGGAGAUUAUAUUUAUAAUUAAUUUACGAAAGAAAAAAAAAAUAUGUGUUUCAAAUAUAUCAUUGCAAUACAUAUGUGUAUAUUUAAAUUAGAACUAUAGUUUGUAUCAUAUCUGAGACAUAUAUUUUUUUUUAAUUUUAUACAAAGUAAAAGCCCCAAUUAUUGACACUGAUAAUUACAUAAGAUAAUCAUUAAUUUAUUAUAUUUAGUAUUAAUGAUUAAUCAUAGAUACAUUUUUAAACGUAUUCUUUUAUUUUAUGCUUCUACUAAUUAAAUCAAUUGUUUGUAAUAUUAUUAAAUUUAUUUUAUAAUAAAUAUAGAGCAUUUUAUACGACCACUCAAACGUAUUGACAUACUAUAUAUGUAUUAUUUUAUCUGUACGUGUUCUUGUACCAAAGACUUUAUAAUAAUAUUUUUUCAUGAUAACAGCAUUGAAACUUAAAGUUUCAGCGUCUCUACAGUCAGUCGAAACAAGAUAAUUUUAAGCCGAUGCUGCAAACAACUACUAGCGAAUUCGUAAUUCACGAAUACCUUCAUACAGCGGGCAGAAACAUGCGUGUUUCUUCCCUUGAGAAGAAACACAAUUAUUUCUGCCCGGUGUUAGUUAUGCUUAAUGUUCCCCAGAUAGCAAAAUGACGUCUUGAUGAGUUCUGAAUGAGUUCCUAUUUAUGAUUUGGACGCCUCAUCAACAUCUUAAAGAGGUCUUUAAGAAGUUCUCAAGAUGUCGAAUGAGCCACCUAGCGAACUCAGUAAGACGUCUUUAAAAAGAGUUCUCAAAGAGUUAUUUUUUCUGACUUCGCAAAUAAGACUUCAGUAUGAAUUUACCAUGACGUCUUUAAGGAGCUCCUAAUUUUGACUUCAUAAAGAAGUUUAAAAAAGAAUACAUUUCGACGUCAAAAAACUGACGUCUUAUUUAUGGAGUCUUCAAGAACUCUUAAUUAAGAGUUCUGAAAAAUUACAACUUUAAGAAGUCAUUGUAAGACUUCUUGAGGACGCCUUCAAAAAGACAAAGUAAAGCAGUCAUUCCAACUUUAAUGCUGUCUGGGUCAUUUGCAGCAUUAUUAUUCUCAUUCGUCUGCUUGUCACCUCAGUUUACUCAAUUCAUUUUUUAAGUGACAGUUUUAAUUAAUCAAAUAAAAUUACUAAAAAAUGAGGGAAAAUAAUAUUUUUGUCUUAUUUACUGUCUAAUAAGUGACUGUAAAUCACAUAUUUCUCAUUCUCUAACAGUUCUUUGCAUCAUCGGCUUGAUAUUAACUCGUUUCUUACUGGCUGCUGACACUGAAUCUUAAAGUUCCGAUGGAGGUAAUCAUGAAAAAUAUAGUGUGUGAUUCAGAAUGAAACACGAUUUCAGACUGCGGGUGAUGUCAGUCAACUUCACUCUAGUCUGAAAUCGUCUUGUUUCAUCCCUUGUCACACAAUAUACUAUCAAUUUUUAGAAGAUUUGAAUGAAGUUUAGUAAAUAAUAAAAUAAAAUAAAGUGUUAAUAAUUGGGCCUUUUAUCUUACUGACAAAGUAUUUAUAUACAAUAAGGACAGACGACUGAAGCUUAUGUAUGUACACUACAGAUUUGUGUUUCAAUGAUUUACAUAAAAUGGUGCAUUUAUUAUUUAUAUUAUUUAAUUAUUAAUCACAGUUGAGACAAUCAUAUCUGUUAUGGAAUAAUUGAUAAUUAUUGUUACUACAAAUUAUAUUAUUAUAAGGUAAAAAUGUAAAUAUAACUUUGAAUAAUUAUUAGAAGUGAAAGUUUUGUGUAUAAUAUAUAUAAUAAUAAUAAUAAUAAUACAAACGAAAACUA